AUGAAUAAUAAAUUAAGUAAUGAAUUAAAAUUAACUAUCAAACAUUUAGAAGAAAAAUCAAACUUUGUUGUAGAGUUAGAAAAAAAAUAUAAUGAUUUAGAUUCUCAACAAAGUUUGAACAAAAAUGAACUUGAAAAGGAGCUAUCCUUUAAAAUUAAAAAUUUGAAUGAUGAACUAUCAAAUUUAAAAAAAGAGAAGGAUAUUUUUCAAGAAAGUCAUGAGAAUUAUGUUCGUGAAAUGUCAAAAACGAUACAUAUUAAAAAUGAAGAACUGAAGCAAAAUCAAGACAGAUUAAUAAAUCUGGAAUUUUCUUUAGAUGAGUUAAAAUCAGCAAAACAAAAUGACUUUGAAGCUCAUAAAAACCAAGUUAUGCAAUUAAAAAAUAAAAUUGAUGAUUUAAUUAUUCAAAACUCCAAGUUGGCUUCAAUUGAUGAUCAAGUAAAAGAAUUGACAAAUAAACUUGAACAGACAUUAAUUGAAAAGGAAAAAGAAUCUCUGAGUCACAUAGAAUUAGAAAAAAAAUAUCUCAAUGAAAUUUCAAAUUAUAAGACAUCUAUUACUAAUUUACAAAGUAGUAUUCAAACUUUAGAAUCCAAAUUAACUUUUGAUAACACUAAACUAAAUGAUGAAUUAGUUAUUAAAAAUAAACAACUCGAUAGUAUCAAAUCUGAAAAUUUAAAACUGUUAGACACAUUAAAAAAUUUAGAAUACUCAAAAGAUUCACUUAAAAAAAAAACUGAAUAUAGUAAUACAUUAGAAUCAGAUAUUAAAAAAUUAAACGAAAUAAUUGAACAGAAGAAUAAAACUAUUGAUGAUAUAAGUAUGAAAUUAGAAAAUAUAAAAUUAACCAGUGAAAAAGUCGUAACUGAAUACAAUAACAAAAUAAAUGAAAAAGAUGAAGAAAUUAAAAAAUUAAAUAAUAUCGAAAAUGAACAUUUAGAAUCCGUAAAAGAAAAUUAUGAAUCCCAAAUAAAAUUAAUUUUGACUGAAAAAGAAAGUGAAAAAAAAAAUCUUAUUGAUAAAAUUGUUACUAUUCAAAAAGCAAAC